CGUUAUCUACAAAAUAAUAGUCAAUGGUCUGUAUCAUUAAACGGAUUCCGUUAUCGAACUCACUGCCACUCUUUUUCCACAACGCGGAGGCGAGAGUUGGUGCCUUGAAGGUGAAAGUGGUAGAGUCAAGAUGUGGCCCUCAAUACUCGACGCAAUCAAAAUGAAUCCGUUUUCAACACCUUUUGUGACAGCCAAAUGUCAGGGGCACAAUGAGCUCGCACAGGCGCUCGUUAAAAAUCGUCAUAUUGCGGCAGCCUCCACCAGUUCAGGCGACAGCUGCGAAUUUGGAUCGAAUAAAUAUUUUAUGCUAUGUGGUUUGGGUGGUAUCUUGUCAUGUGGUAUUACUCACACCAUGAUCACACCCUUGGAUUUAGUAAAAUGUCGAAUUCAAGUAGAUUCCGCAAAGUACAAAUCGGUCUUCAAUGGUUUCCGAGUGACAUUGGCUGAGGAUGGAACACGAGGUUUGGCAAAAGGUUGGGCCCCAACAUUCUUUGGUUAUUCCUCACAAGGAAUGUUCAAAUUUGGUCUUUACGAAGUCUUCAAAGUAUAUUAUUCGGCGCUUGCUGGAGAAGAAAUGGCAUAUGAAUAUAGAAUAAGUUUAUAUCUUGUUUCUUCUGCAUCUGCAGAAUUCUUUGCCGAUAUUGGUCUAGCUCCGUUCGAAGCUGCUAAAGUCAGGAUUCAAACCAUGCCAGGGUAUGCAAACACUUUGAGGGAGGCGUUCCCAAAAAUGUACGGCGAAGAAGGUCUUGGUGGAUUUUACAAAGGGCUAGUACCUUUGUGGCUUCGUCAAAUUCCAUACACAAUGAUGAAGUUUGCUUGUUUCGAGCGAACGCUUGAGCUCUUGUAUAAAUAUGUAGUUCCUAAGCCACGACUAGAAUGCACGAAAGGCGAACAGUUGGUUGUUACCUUUGCGGCUGGAUAUAUUGCCGGUGUAUUUUGUGCAAUUGUAUCUCAUCCGGCUGAUUCUGUUGUAUCGAAACUGAAUCAAGAGAGGGGAGCCUCAGCCGGUGACGUUUUAAGAAAACUUGGCUUUGCUGGUGUAUGGAAGGGUCUUGGUCCUCGUAUUGUUAUGAUUGGUACAUUAACAGGAGCACAAUGGUUCAUUUAUGAUGCCGUUAAAGUAUGGCUUCGUAUGCCACGCCCACCACCACCAGAGAUGCCGGAAUCACUUAAGAAGAAGUAUGGAGUGGCUUAAUUAUCAUACACCAAUAAUAUGUUUGAUUGAAUUGUGAAGCAAUUGCAGUUAGAACGAAAUGAGCAUAGAUGAAUUACAUUACUUCCUUAUGGUACAUUGUCGAACAAUGUUUCUGCCAUACAUUUUGAGUAUUUAUUCUGAAACACAGACAUCAGUGCAGGUGCCACUGCCUUAAAACUAUAUAGAAGUAUUAAUGUGCUGCAAAUGUGAAUCAUUGUACAUCAUUACUAGUUGUAUGAUUAUAAAGUAGCACAUUUAUAAACAUUUAAUAGUGACAGUGAGUUACCUAUUGUAACCGGAAACUGUUACUUUGUACAUAGAGUGAUCACUGUAAAUAAAUCAUCCGUGAUUGCUCGAUUAAAUCU